AUGCGCGACCCAUUUCCUAUCGCUUGCCCGCAGUGGCUCGCCGAGGCGACUCGCCCACUAGCAGACAAGCUGUCGCUGCCCACGCUGCCCCUGCACAUACACGAGGUCCUCCUUGCCGUAGUCUUCUACCAGACCAUCAACGCCGUGGUCGCGCCUGCUCUCUCCCGCCGCUUCUUCCCUCAGGCCUACAGCUCCUUCAACCAUCGCACGCGUCUCAACUGGGAUGUACAUGUCGUCUCCAUGGCCCAGAGCUUGCUCGUUAACACAACCGCUCUGUGGAUCAUGUACUAUGACACGGAUCGCAACAACAUGAACUGGGCUGGUAAGAUCUGGGGCUACGACGGCGCCUUGGGCUUCCUCCAGAGUCUGGCUGGUGGCUACUUCAUGUGGGACCUGUUCAUGUGUACAUACCACAUCAACAUCUUCGGCCCUGGCAUGCUUGCACACGCCAUUUCAGCCUGCACUGUCUUCUUCUUCGGCUUCCGCCCCUUCCUCAACUACUACGGCCCCGUCUUCAUCCUCUACGAGCUCUCAUCCCCCGCCUUGAACAUGCACUGGUUCAUGGACAAGCUGAACAUGACCGGCAGCAUCUACCAGCUUAUCAACGGCAUCGUGCUUAUCUCAACCUUCUUCUUCUGUCGCCUUGUCUGGGGCUCCGUCAACUCCGUUCUUGUCUUCAGAGAUAUCUGGACCGCCAUGCAAAACGGUGGUGUCGUUGGCCUCGACGAGAACCUUGGCCUCAAGUACGGUCUUGACCAGAACAUGUCAGCCAUCACCCCUCAGGACCUGCCCUACACUGGCUCUGAAGACAUUAUGCGUUUUGCCGGCUCUCGUUCCCUUCCCGCCUGGCUCGCAUUGAGCUACUUGGCUUCCAACAUUGUGCUCAAUGUACUCAACUGGUACUGGUUCGCCAAGAUGAUCGAGGCUCUUCGCAAGCGUUUCGACCCUCCCUUCGGCACAAAGCGCCCGGAGAAGAAAGAGAUAGCUGUUGAGGAGAAGACACAAGAGCCCGAGAUCGAGAUACAACGUGGUCUGGACGCCGAUGGCAGAAAGUCUAUUGAGAUCACCGGCAUCCAAAGUACUCCCCCAUCGGUUAGAUCGAGACGUAGAGGUUAG